ACCACUAUUAUGGCCGUGGAAUUUGACGGUGGAGUUGUCGUUGGGGCGGAUUCUCGCACCACAUCCGGCCCUUACAUCGUCAAUCGUGUUACUGACAAGCUGACACACAUCCACGACAGAAUAUAUUGUUGUCGGUCGGGUAGUGCAGCCGAUACGCAAGCUAUUGCCGAUAUUGUCCACUACUACUUGCAAAUGUACUCAGCUCAGAAUGGCGAAGUUCCUUCCGUACAAACGGCCGCGGCAUUAUUCCAAGAAAUAUGUUACCAAAAUAAAUCCAACUUGACAGCUGGUAUUAUCGUUGCUGGAUGGGAUAAGUAUGAAGGUGGCUCUGUCAUUAAUAUUCCGUUAGGUGGAUCAACUCACAGACAGCCAUUCGCGAUUGGCGGAAGUGGAUCAUCCUACAUUUACGGUUAUUGUGAUUCCACAUACAGGAAAAACAUGACGAAGGAUGAGGCCAUAAAAUUUGUUAGAGAUGCUGUUGCUCUUGCCAUGUCAAGGGAUGGUUCAUCGGGCGGUUGCAUUAGGCAGGCUAUUAUUACUAAAGAGGGAGUUGAGCGAUUAUUCUAUCCCGGCAAUGAUUUACCAGUAUUCUGGGAAGGAUAG